CCGGCGGCGGCUCAGCUGCCGGUGGCACGCAUGGCUCGCCGAGGAGGAGACGCCUCCCGCGCGCCCUCCCUCCCGCUAGCCUUCGCCCGCGCGCCCCGCAGCUCCGCUCGCCGCUCGGCUCCGGCACCGGCGGCGCCGGCCCGGGGAGCGCGAGCAGCGGGUGGCCGCGCGUCCUCGGAGCAAUGGCCUUCAGGAGCCCCCGGCAGUCCCGCUAAGCCGAGCGCAUCCCGGAGGCGGCGGCAGCGACGCCUCCCAGCCACGCGCCCAGCCCCGGGGCCGCCCGAGGACUCCCGCCUCAGCUGGGCCUCCCGAUCCUCGUCGCUUUCCAGCCUCUCCGGGGUCCUCUCGGCGUCUCCCCUCCCCUCCGCCUCUGAACAAAGUUACUGGAAGAACAAUCGCAUCGCUGGGACCUGCCGGCGAAACUGACAGGAGUGGGGCGGGUCAGGUGUAAGU